AUGACGAGCUCAGAAUCAGAACAGGCGCAGACAUCACGGAAGCGCUCACGCAGGAGGGACAGCGUCGAUGACGGUGGUGCUGGAGGAAAGAAGGCUAGGGGCCGUCCACGGGUAGACACACAGGACGCCACGGCUGCAGAUAGACGAAGAACUCAAAUCCGGCUUGCGCAGCGUGCAUAUCGGCAGCGGAAGGAAACCACCAUCGCGUCGUUGAAGAGUCAAAGCACACAGCUCCACUCGAUUAUCGAGCAGAUGAACAAGGCCUUCCUAAAGCUAAACGAGUCCACCGUCAAGUCAGGUCUGUUACAGCUGAAUCCGAGUUUGGCCCAAGAGUUCAAGCUGGUAACGGAGACGUUCGCGAGCUUGACAAAGACAGCCAACGAGGGCCAGUACGAGGGAGACGAAGAUGGUGAACACGGCGAACACGGGAUUGAAGGGAAUGGUGCACCAAAGCUAGCCGAACCGGAGCCUGAAGUGCAGCACAUUGGAUGGGGAUAUUCCGCAGUUCCGAAACCAGCCGCUGAGAAGCGUCCGCAGCCACAGUUGUCAACACCGGAUAGCUACCUCGCCCACAUCAGUGCUGCAUAUGGCAAUGUAGACUCCCGCAGGAGCGAUCUGGUGGGUUGCCGUCAGUUUGGAGCUGGUUCGGUCUUCGACCAGUCGCACCGAUCUUCGCAGCCUCCAGCAGACCCAUCACCAUCGCAUACUUCAUCCCAACCGACGCAGCUGCCUUUCGGCCUUGUAGACCUUCUGAGUCAGCACCAAGCACCGUAUGGAACAACAAACCUACACACGUACUCCGUCCGUGUACCGACGCCUGAAGCGACACCGCCAUCGAACAGACUGCCCACGCCGCCUCUAUCGAAAAUAUCGUCGAAGACGCUCCCUCCGGUCACAACGUACAGUUUCCAAGAAACAACAUUUGCGAGACGAUUGUCGAGGGCGGCGCUUGAGGCGGGGUUUCAUUUGCUUAGCAACGCCCAAGCUCGCCCUACGGCAAUCAACCGUGUCUUCAAGCUUUCUCUACCUCAUGAGACCCUCGAUCAAAUACGAAGCCGCUUCCGAACUAUCAUGGCCCGUGGCAUUGACGAAGACCUGGAUUGGUGGGAGUCGCCAUUUCUCCAUCUCGGUGGUGCAGGAACUCAUUAUCCGCGACGGGACGCUGCCGGCAACGUAAAGUCUGUCAGAAACGGAUGGAACGUACGGCAAAUUGGGCCAACAGAGAACAAGGUGCUCAUAAUAGAGAAUACAGAAGACGGUAGGAGUGAAGAGCUACGCGGCGUGGACCUCCGUGGAUACGAGGGGGAAUGGUUCGAUUGUUACGACGUACAGGGCUACUUGGAAGAAAAAUACUCGUGCAAGCUCGACCCGAAGAGCUCGUUCGCCGAAUGUGUCAUCGAGGUUGACGACGAAGAACUGUCUAGAGCCCCCAACAGCGCACUACGGCAACGACCACACAACGCGACGAGUCUGCCUCCUCUUCACCAGAACUCCGCAAACGGAUCGGCAGCUCCGUCAACCACCUCGACAAAUCCGCCAAACAACUCUUACAACAUCGCGGAUAGUGGAUCUUAUGGGCUAGACCUGUCUUUUGGGAACACCGGUGAAUACCCUAGGCUUGUCAACUACGAAAUCUCAUAUGAUCAGACCCUGGGUUUGGAUCUCGCACCUGGGUAUGAUUAUGGGUUUUCGCAUACACCCGCCUUUCACAUGGACAACAUAGAUCUAGGCAUGAACAUGAUGAGCGAUGUAGCGGCAGCUCUACCAGUCGUGAGGCAGAAACGGAAGAAGACUGCCUGGCUCGACGUUUCGAAGCUGAUUGAUGUCGCGAUCAUGUCGAACUCGGUCGUGGGCGGCGUGUACCAGCAGAUCAUCGAGAAGGUGAUCCAGACCUCGCAGAAUGACUUCGAGGAGUCGGGCGUCGAUCAUAGCACGCUCGACGAGAUGAAGCAGGGCUGGCAAGAGAGGCUAUCCGCUCUCAAGAUUGCUCACUUUCCAUGGGACCCUGCUCCUGAGCCUGUUCGUCAGCCGCCUACGGUACCGUCCAACGUAAAGGUUGACAAUGAUAUGCCUUCCGUGUCCGGACCUCAGGAGGCUCUCAACUUCCCCAACGUGCCCGUGAAGCAAGAAGGAGGAUACCAGCCACCAGUUGCUAACUACCCUCCUGCUCAGACUGCGAACAACGGCUACGGCGGUACUUAUGAUCAAAACCAGCAGCUCGCGCACCAGCGUGCAGCCGCUCUGGUACAGCAGCGAGUGCAACAGCAAGGACAUGUGCAGCAGAACUUUCCCAAUCUGGCGCAACAGGGCCAUCUGCCUCAAAUGCCUAUGCAGAACCAGCAGCAGCAGCAACAGCAGCGCAUGAUGGCGCAACAGCAACAACAACAGCAGCAGCAGCAUCAACGACCUCCGCAACAGCAACAACAGGGAAUGCCACAGCAGCGUCCCCCACCGCAAAAUCACAUGUACACCUCACAGACUGAUGGUUCGGGUGACGCCAUGGCUGACUGGGAGGCCUUGAAGGCCGCACGCGCUGCUGAUGCAGUAGAGCGCAUGGCAGCGGACGACUUCAUGCGUUCUCGCGUUGAUGCCAUGGCUAUGCGUCAGGACAGUGGUCUCAUGGUACCGCUCGAUUCGAUGCCAAAGGGCAAAAAGCGCAAGGCAGCUAUGCGUGUCCUGCAGGCCGAAGACGCAGAGGCCUCGUCAAGCGCACCGGUUCCCGCGCGCUUCGACGGUGACGACGAUGUGAAGCCAGAAGAAGAUCCGGAUGACGCCAUUAACUCUGACCUAGAUGACUCGGAGGACGAACUCGGGGAUGGCGAUAACAGCGACGAUGAAAUGGUCGACUAUAUGUUGUGCACCUACGACAAAGUCCAGCGCGUGAAGAACAAGUGGAAGUGCACGCUUAAGGACGGCAUCUUGACCACGAACAAGAAGGAAUACCUGUUCCACAAAGCAAAUGGUGAAUUCGAAUGGUGA